AUGUUCACCACCAAGUCGCUCAGUGCGAUCAAAUAUGCCAUCCCCUCUAUCCAUCAGCCCUUGCCGCUCUCUUCAAAGGAGUCGAAGAAGCUUCUCAACGUCCUAAAGACUUCCUUCCGCCAGAACCUCGAUAGAGAGCAUGGCUAUGGCCCCGAAAGUUCCGAGUCCUCCGCCUCCAAGACAGCUUCCAAACAAGGUUCCGCCUCUCAUAACGAGCACCGCCGACCGACGGACCGACAUCUUCGCGCCAUUCUUUCCAACCCGCUGUUCAAGAGCAGCGUCCAGCCCGACAAUGCGGUGCUCGCCAACCCUCGAGACCCAAUGGACGUUUUCGACGAGGCCGUAUCGCGCGGCAUGAUGACGAGAAAGGCGGCGACUGGCUGCCUGCGGACAAAGCGUCAAAAAAUCCUGCAAUCGAGCGCUCUUUCGGUUCAGGACGCCAUGCGGGCAUCCUCGACAGGCCUAAGGGUCAUUCAGUGGCUCAGAUCAUCUGGCGCCGAACGGACACUCGACUUUCUCGCAGAUCGUCGAUUCGUCUCGGAGCUCAUACCAUUCAUGGUCGCCGAGGGACUCGAGGAGGUGGCAUGGGGGUGGGCUGACCGGAUGGUUCGAGGCGAGGGCCCGAAAGAGGAGAGCAGCAAGAUUGUGGGGUCCCUGGUCACCAGCCUGGUAUUAGACAAGUCACACGUCGACAGUAACCUCGACACGGCCUUCUCGACGAUACUCAGAGCGGACGCGACAUGGAAGGCGGAUCCCCAGUUGCCUCAAAUUCUGCUGCGUCCUUGGCGCCUGCUCUCCUGGCAGUCGACCGUUGACGCAUGGAAGAGACCGCCGCCUUCAUUUGCACUAUUCGAGUCGUACGUCGAGACCGCCAACCACAUCCAAAAACCGUUGCGGCUGGACCGCGCUCACUUGGCUCUGCAUCAUCCCACCAGUCCCAGUUAUGAACGUGCUCUGCGCUUCAUUCAAGACCAGCCUCUGACCACCUUUGAGUCCAACAAAAACCUGGUCACGAGGAUAAUCUGCAUGGGCAUGGAUGCCGUUGGCUUCUUGACAAGGAUUGGUCGGACCGACGAGGCCAUGCACCUUUUGCAAUUACUGCAAUCCAAGUUCUCGAAAGAAGUCUGGCAAAAACACCAAACUCGUGGUGUUGCAUUUGUCUGA